GUAUUGGGUGUGUUUGUUCUCACCACCACCACACCUAACCCAUCAACGCCUCAACGGUGGCCAACUUUGACCCAGAGUUUUAAUUAAAGUCUCAACCUUUAUAUAUAGAUCUUCUUCGCCUAUUCUCCAACAACUACUCUUCUAAUCUAAUUGAUCUCCCUUCCCCAAUUCUAUUCGAACCCCAAAUCUCAGUUUUGUCUUUCUCACUUUCAGGGAAAAAUAUGGCACCCCCUUCAACUCCUACUCGAAUAGGCCUUGCUGGUUUGGCUGUCAUGGGCCAGAACUUGGCACUCAACAUUGCAGAAAAAGGAUUUCCAAUUUCUGUUUACAACAGAACUACCUCCAAAGUUGAUGAGACUGUUGAAAGAGCAAAACUAGAAGGUGACCUUCCUGUAUAUGGCUUCCAUGACCCUGAAUCUUUUGUUAACUCAAUUCAAAAGCCUCGAGUUGUUAUCAUGCUUGUCAAGGCUGGGGCACCUGUUGAUCAGACUAUAAAGACCCUCUCUGCUUACUUGGAGAAAGGUGACUGUAUUAUUGAUGGUGGUAAUGAAUGGUAUGAAAACACUGAGAGGAGGGAGAAAGCCAUGGCUGAAUUGGGUCUUCUUUACCUUGGAAUGGGGGUUUCAGGUGGCGAAGAGGGUGCCCGAAAUGGCCCCUCUCUUAUGCCUGGAGGAUCCAUUGAGGCUUAUAAUUACAUAGAAGAUAUUCUUCUUAAGGUGGCAGCUCAAGUUGACAGUGGGCCUUGUGUGACUUACAUUGGCAAAGGGGGUUCUGGUAACUUUGUUAAGAUGGUUCACAAUGGUAUUGAAUAUGGUGACAUGCAGCUGAUAGCAGAGGCUUAUGAUGUUCUCAAAUCCGUUGGAAAAUUGUCAAAUGAAGAACUGCACAAUGUGUUCACAGAAUGGAACAAGGGAGAGCUUCUCAGCUUCUUGAUUGAGAUCACAGCAGAUAUUUUCGGAAUUAAGGAUGACAAGGGAGAGGGUUAUUUGGUUGACAAGGUUUUGGACAAGACAGGCAUGAAGGGUACUGGUAAAUGGACUGUACAACAAGCUGCUGAUCUAUCAGUUGCAGCUCCCACAAUUGCAGCUUCUUUGGAUUCAAGAUUUCUUAGUGGGUUAAAGGAUGAGCGGGUUGAAGCUGCCAAAGUCUUUAAAGCCAGUGGCUUUGGUGAUGUGCUGACUGACCAAGUGGUGGACAAGGCAAAGUUGAUUGAUGAUGUGAGACAAGCUCUUUACGCAUCCAAGAUCUGUAGUUACGCACAAGGGAUGAAUCUGAUCCGCGCAAAGAGUGUUGAAAAGGGUUGGGAUUUGAAGUUGGGAGAAUUGGCUAGGAUUUGGAAGGGAGGUUGCAUCAUUCGAGCCAUUUUCUUGGAUAGAAUUAAGCAAGCCUAUGACAGAAAUGCUGAUCUCGCAAACCUUCUUGUGGACCCGGAGUUUGCAAAGGAGAUCAUUGAGAGGCAAUCUGCCUGGAGAAGAGUUGUAUGUCUUGCCAUCAACUCUGGUAUUAGCACCCCUGGUAUGUCCUCUAGUCUUGCUUACUUUGAUUCUUACAGAAGGGACAGGUUGCCAGCUAACUUGGUCCAAGCCCAGCGAGAUUAUUUCGGUGCCCAUACAUAUGAAAGAACUGAUGUUGAAGGAUCUUUCCAUACGGAAUGGUUCAAGAUCGCUAGACAGUCUAAGUACUAAAAGUCCUUUCUUGGUGGAGGCAUUCUGCUGAAUGAGAUUUUUCCUUUCUCUCAAUAAAUUCUGCUGAUUUCAUGCCCUGAGCAGAGAAUUUAUUUUGUAAUCUUUCUGAAUUCUGUUUUAUUGUUAGCUCUAUUUCUAAGUUUUCCUUGUGUGUUCUUUUUAAUUUUAUUUUUUAAAAAUGUCAUUUGUCUUUAGGUUCAUGUUAAUUCAGUCAUUCCCCCACUUUUGACUCCACAA